UCUCGAAGUAUAGUAAUCAUAUAUAGAUCUUGAAAUAUGUGGAAGUUGAAAGUUGGAGAAGGGAAUGGAGUACCAUACUUGUACAGCACCAACAAUUAUGUCGGGAGACAAAUAUGGGAAUUCGAUCCAAACGGAGGCACCUCGGACCAGAUAGAGGCUGUCGAAAGAGCCCGACAAGAUUACAUGACUAACCAUAACAAGGACAUGUCUCGCGCCCUCCCCUGCGCCGACCUUCUUAUGCGCAUGCAGCUUAAAAGGGAGAACAGCCAUAUAGAUUUGAGCAUACCAACGGUUAGAGUUGGGGUCGGAGAAGAAGUCAGCUAUGAAGCUGCCACGACGGCUUUAAGGAAAGGAAUUCGACUCAACAGAGCAAUCCAAGCCAGUGAUGGACAUUGGCCGGCUGAAAAUGCCGGUCCAAUGUUUUUCACUCCACCCCUUAUCAUUGUUCUUUACAUAAGCGGAGCCAUAAACACCAUUCUCACAGAAGAACACAAGAAGGAGCUUAAACGUUACAUUUAUCUUCAUCAAAAUGAGGAUGGAGGAUGGGGAUUCUAUAUAGAGGGGCACAGCACCAUGAUUGGCUCAGCGUUGAGCUAUGUGGCUCUUCGACUUCUUGGCGAGGGCCCUCACGAUGGAAUUAUGAUGACCCGAGCAAGAAAAUGGAUUCUUGAUAAUGGUGGCGCAACUGGAAUACCCUCUUGGGGAAAGACUUAUCUUUCAGUCCUUGGUGUGUAUGAGUGGUCAGGCUGCAACCCUAUUCCUCCUGAAUUCUGGCUUUUUCCAUCAUAUCUCCCUUUUCAUCCAGCAAAAAUGUUGUGUUUAUGUCGCACUACGUACAUGCCUAUGUCCUACCUCUAUGGUAAAAAAUAUCAUGGUCCCGUUACUGACCUAGUUAAGUCAAUAAGGGAAGAGAUCCAUACGAUGCCCUAUCACGAAAUCAAUUGGAACCGAGCCCGCCAUGAUUGUUGCAAGGAGGAUUUGUAUUACCCUCAUACAAUUGUCCAAGAUUUACUAUGGGAUGGGCUUCAUUAUUUGAGCGAACCGGUCAUGAACCGAUGGCCAUUCAAUAAGAUCCGUGAGAGAGCCUUAAAAAAAACGAUCAAGUACAUGCGCUACGCAGCUGAGAGCACUAGAUACAUCACUAUUGGUUGUGUAGAGAAAAGCUUGCAAAUGAUGUGUUGGUGGGCGGAGGAUCCGAAUGGCGACGAAUUCAAAUAUCAUCUCGCAAGAGUUCCCGAUUACUUGUGGCUUGCAGAAGAUGGAAUGAAAGUGCAAAGCUUUGGGAGUCAAUUGUGGGAUUGUGCAUUGGCAACUCAAGCAAUCUUGGCUAGUGGUAUGGUUGAUGAAUAUGGGGAUGCCCUCAAGAAAGCUCAUUUUUUCAUACAACAAUCACAGAUCAAAGAAAACCCUGCUGGUGAUUACAAAAAAAUGUACCGACACUUCACAAAAGGGUCUUGGACUUUCUCUGAUCAAGAUCAAGGUUGGGCCGUCUCAGACUGCACCGCCGAGGCAUUGAAGUGCUUAAUCACACUUUCGCAAAUGCCCGAAGAAAUUGUUGGGAAGAAACCCCAUGUAGAGCGAUUGUUCGAAGCUGUUAACGCCAUGCUUUACUUACAGAGUCCUGAAAGUGGGGGCUUUGGCGUUUGGGAGCCACCAGUUUCACUUCCAAUGCUGCAGAUGUUGAAUCCCUCAGAAUGUUUUGCUGACAUUGUGGUGGAGAUGGAGCAUGUGGAAACCACCGCAUCAAUAAUAACAGCUCUAGUAAAUUUCAAGUUUCUUCAUCCGUGGUAUCGCAAGAAUGAAAUUGACAUUGCAGUUUCAAAAGCAUUGAGAUUCUUGGAACGUAGACAAUGUUCCGAUGGUUCAUGGUAUGGAUAUUGGGGCAUUUGCUUCAUCUAUGCAACAUUUUUCGUGCUAAGAAGUUUGAAUGCGUGCGGAAAGACAAACGAUAAUUGCGAAGUUAUUCGUAAGGGUGUCAAUUUUUUGCUUUCGAUUCAGAAUGAAGAAGGUGGUUGGGGAGAGAGCCUUGAAUCUUGCCCAUCCAUGACAUAUCAACCAUUGGAAGGAAAUAGGACAAAUUUGGUGCAAACAUCAUGGGCCUUGUUGGGCCUUCUUUAUGGUGGACAGGCUGAGAGAGAUCCAGGUCCUUUACAUAAAGCAGCGAAGCUCUUGAUAAAUUCACAGCUUGACGAUGGAGAUUUUCCUCAACAAGAAAUAACAGGAGUAUACAUGAAGAAUUGUAUGUUACAUUACGCACAAUACAGGAAUAUUUAUCCAACAUGGGCGCUUGGAGAAUAUAAGAGGCGAAUUUGGCAAACCGUGUAAUUAAUUAACUAAUCAGUUUCAUUUGUUGAAUAGUUUAAUAAAUAUUGACAAGUACUAUGAUCCAAUAUUUAAUAAUUAUGUGAUCAAAGCACGUAUUUCACAGUGA